AUGUUUUAUUAUUUGAUCAGUUUUUUUAUUCUCUGUCUCUAUAAUAUAUCCUUGACAUUCGCUGACACAUCAUCGAUUAGUCGUUCGGCACACCGAAAAGGCAAUGUUACAUUAGGUGGACUAUUUCCUGUACAUGAAUAUGGAAGUCCACAAGAGCCAUGCGGAGCUAUUAGUGAAUUUCGUGGUAUACAGCGUUUAGAAGCUAUGCUAUUUGCUAUCGAACAAAUUAACGAUGAUAACCAUUUAUUACCUGGCAUUGAAUUAGGCGCACUGGUAUUGGAUACAUGUUCGGAUGAUAAUUAUGCUGUUGAACAAUCUCUUGGAUUUGUAAUUAGUCGUUUAACAUCAAGUUCAUGUAAAUGUGCUAAUACAUCAUCAGCAGAUUCGCCCCACAAUGAUAAUGUAUUUGGUGUUGUUGGCGCAACAUUGAGUUCAGUCAGUGUUCAUGUUGCUAAUCUAUUACGUUUAUUUCAAUUGCCACAAAUAUCCUAUGCAUCAACCACGCCGAAACUAAGUGAACCAUCAUUUGAAUAUUUUGCUCGUACUGUUCCGUCCGAUUCAAAUCAAGCACGUGCAAUUGUUGAUAUCUUACAACGUUUAAAUUUUACAUAUGUUAAUACAAUAUAUUCUCAUGGUGAUUAUGGUGAAGGUGGUUUUCGAGAAUUUCGACGUUUACUUAAAAUAUUGACAGCACCCGAUGACGAAUUAAAUGUCAUACAAAAGAAACAAACACGCAUUUGUAUUGCCGAUGAACAACGUCUAUAUCGCGAUGCAACAAUACCAGAUAUUAAAACGAUGCUACAAACAAUGUUCGAUCGUAUUAAAUUUGAUGUACAAGUACGCGUUUACGUACUAUUUCUUACCAAAGAAGAUGCAAGAAAAUUGUUACAAGCAAUUAAAUUAUUCAAUGGUACAUUUCAACCUGUACUUAUUGCAAGUGAUGCUUGGGGUAAAGAAUCAUCCGUUGUCAUCAAUGGCGAAACUGAUGAAAUAGCUAUUGGUGCACUAACAUUAGAACUUGUUUCAAUCCAACCAGCUAAUUUCGAUAAAUAUUUUAACUCGUUAAAACCUGAUCUACCAGCGGGCAUCAUUUUUAAAAAUAUAACUAAUAAAUAUUCGAAAACAAUUUCAUCGCGAAAUCCGUGGUUUAAUGAAUUUUGGGAAAAUCGGUUCGGCUGUAAUUUAACAACAUCAUCUACAUGUCUAAAUUAUCAAUUAAAUGAAACCAAUUGGGAUAGUAAAUUACAAUUUAUUGUUGAUGCUACAUAUGUAUUUGCUCACGCAUUACACGAAUAUUUGAAUUGUUCAUCGUUAUCAUGUCCAAAUGCAUCUUUAUUAGAUUUAGAUAUAGAUGGAAAAAAAUUAUUUCAAUUAAUCCUAGAAAAAACAUUUACCAUGCCUGAUUCAAGACAAAUUCAAUUCAAUUCUGAACGUUUUGUACCAGGUCAUUAUCGAAUAUAUAAUUAUCAUCGAUCAUAUGUAAAAUCAUCGUCCUUCGAAACAAUGACAUCACCAUAUGAAUAUGUUACAGUUGGUGAAUGGAAAAUAGAUCGGAAUCAAAAUGGUAAAUUGAAUCUUGCUAUCGAUUCGAUUGUUUGGCCAGGUACGAAUACAAAUGAUGUCUUACCAUCAUUUAAAACAAUUCCAAUUUCUCGUUGCUCUGAGCCAUGUCGAGUUGGCGAAGUUCAUCAAUUUCAAGGUGAUUCAUGCUGUUGGGUAUGUACGCCAUGUAACGAAACAUCAAUUGUAACUGGUUCUGCUGAACAAGAACGUUGUGAGCCAUGUUCUCUUGGCUAUUGGCCAACACAAAAUCGUACAUUAUGCUAUAAAGUGAAAGAAACGUCCGUGGAACUCUUAUCAGCAAUUGCACUUAUUCCAAUUAGUUUAUCAAUCAUUGGUAAUAUUUUAACUUUCUAUGUGGUGAUUCUAUUCUAUCGAAAACGACAAACACCUAUCGUAAAAGCAAGUGGUACAGAACUUUGUUUUAUUAUGCUGGGUGGUAUUCAUUUAUGUUAUUUAAUGACAUUUCCUAUCAUUAUGAGACCACAUAUAGUCACGUGUGUUAUACAACGUUUAGGAAUUGGUUUAGCUUUUUCAAUGAUGUAUGCUGCUUUAUUAACAAAAACAAAUCGUAUUGCGCGAAUAUUUGAAAGUACAAAAAAACAAGGUAGAUUACGUCAACAAUAUAUAUCACCACGUUCACAAGUAGCCAUUUGCUCAUGUUUAAUUAUGGUGCAAUUACUUCUUUCGUUAGUAUGGCUUGCCUAUGAACAUCCAUAUGUUGAUAUGAUAGCCUAUGAACGUUUGGUGAUGCUAAAAUGUCAUAUGAAUAAAUAUUCAUUUCUUUUUUCAUUAAGUUAUAAUGCAUUGCUCGUACUUAUAUGUACGAUGUAUGCUGUACGAACAAGAAAAGUACCAGAAAAUUUUAAUGAAACAAAAUUCAUUGGAUUUACUUGUUAUACAACAUGUAUACUUUGGUUAGCAUUUCUUCCAAUUUAUUUUACAGCUCAUGAAACAGGACGUCAUCAAGUACAUAUUGUUACAUUAUGUGUUACUCUAUCAUUAUGUGCUACAGUAGCAUUAGCUUGUCUUUUCUCACCAAAAGUUUAUAUUAUAAUAUUUCAUCCAGAAAAAAACAUGCGCUUAACAAAACACUUAAGAGCACAAGUUCAUAGUAUGAAAUUUGCUUCACGAUUACCAGCAACUGCAAGUUUUGUGUUAAAUCAUACUACUAGCAAUAAAGAAAGUCUAUCAACAGCAGUUCCUCCUGAUGGUGAAGAAAAAAAACAAUUAUUGUCAUCCAAUCAACCAAUAAUAUUGCAAAAUUUUCCAAACAAAACGAAUAAUAGUAACUUAGCAAUAAAUAAUAAUAAUAAUAAUAAUAAUAAUAAUAAUAAUAAUAAUAAUAAUAGUAAUGUACGAAAAAUAUCGACAAUGAUUAUAGCAAGUCAUUUAGAUAGUUGUCUCAAUGAUGAAAAACGAAAAUUACCAAUUAAGAAAUGUGGCUUUACUGAUGAUGAAAGUCUUUAUUCCGAUUCCAUGUCUAAUGAACAAAUAAUGCUGUAA